CCGCCCACUCUUUCUUGCCCGGGCCCGGGCGGCGGCGGUUGCUGCUGCAGCUGCCUCCAGGUGUGUGAGUGAAAGAGAUGAGCAGGCGCAGGAAUGAGUGAGAGAUGGGGCUGGAGCGAGGCAGGAAAAAAAAGGAGGGGAAAAACGGAAAGGAAAGGAAGGGAAAGUUGGCAAACUUCUGGCUUGCUCUGUAUUGUUGAACAGUUUGCAACUGAGAUGCAGUCCCGACGGAAUUAGUUCAUCACCCGAGAGGCUGAGGAUAAUCCAAACUUUCCCCAAAGCAGCUGGCUCUUAUUGUGUUGAAGGCAGAAGGCAAAAGCAGCCCACAGAAACUGAGCUAUUGAUUCUGGACUGGUGCUACCUGUGACGACUUAGCAUGUCAGGGCCCAUGGAUAUGGCCAACCAGACCUCAAGCCUCUCAGAGGUGGAAGAGGAAGAAAUUACCUUGUGGGAGAAGAUUGAAAGUUUGCGGCAUCAACUCACCCGCUCUCUGAACCCGGCAAAGCUGACGCCAUACCUGCGCCAAUGUCGUGUGAUAGAUGAGCAGGAUGAAGAGGAGGUGCUUAGUGCCUACCGGUUUCCUUGCAAGAGUAACCGCACAGGACUCCUCAUGGAUAUCCUUCGAAACCGAGGGAAACGGGGCUAUGAAGCAUUCCUAGAGUCCUUGGAGUUCUAUUAUCCUGAACAUUUCACUCAAUUGACUGGGAAGCAGCCAGUGCAACGCUUCUCUAUGAUCCUGGAUGAGGAGGGGCCUGAAGGUUUGACACAGUUUUUGAUGAUGGAAGUGAAGAAGGCAAGGGCCCAAAGGAAAGGGCAUCUGGCCAAAGAGCACCAGCUCCAGGUGAAGAACCAGGCCUUGCAGGAGGAGGUCAGCCAGCUGAAACAACAACUCCAGCAACUGCAGAAGGUGCAGGAGCGUCUCCAGAGGUUCCAGGAGGAGUGGGAUUCCAACAGCAUGGAGCUGCUGAGGCUGAAGGACGAAAAUUACAUGCUGGCCAUGCGCUACUCACAACUGUGCGAGGAGAAGAAUGCCGCUGUCCUUCGGAGCAGGGACUUGCAGCUGGGGGUGGAUCAAUUGAAAUGCAAGGUGAGCAGCCUGGAGGAAGAGUGCUCUGUGCUCAAGAAGCAGGCAUCCCAGGCUCCCCAACGAGAGGUGGAAGAAACUGGGCUUGCAGACACCAUAUCAGAGAUGCAAGCAGAGAACCAAAGGCUCAUAGCUUCACUUCAGGAGCUGCAGAACGUGAUGCAGAUGGCAAGUGAAGGCCGGGUGCCAGGUUCUGAGCGGAUCCUUCUAGAUAUUCUGGAGCAUGACUGGAAGGAAGCACAGGCAGACCGCCAGGAACUUUGCCAGAAACUAGAUUCUGUGCAAAAUGAGCUGCAGUGGGCAGAGGAACUGAGAGAUAAGUACCUGCAGGAGGUGGAGAUUCUCCAGCUGAAAUACCAAACUUUGCAGAAAAAUUGUGACCUGUAUAAGCACAGAAUGAACACGGUGCUGUCUCAGUUGGAGGAGAUUGAAAAAGAAAGAGAUCAGGCAAUCCGGAGUCGAGAUGGCAUUCAACUACAGUACUCCCAAAGCCUUGUUGAAAAGGACCAGUACCGCAAGCGUGUUCGUGCCUUGGAAGAGGAGAGGGAUGAGUUGCUGAGCAAACUGACCCAGGCAGAAGGCAAGAUCAACACACUAGAGGCUCAUCUGCAGCGAUGCCAUUGUGCCAGGGGCUUGGGCAAGAAGAUGUGUUCCUCCUCCCAUUCACUCUGUUCCAUCUUGAGCAGCACCUGGAGCAUUGUUGAUAAACCUUCCUAUCUGGAGGACGGAAUUGUGGAUGCGUCUGGUGUCCUGGAUGUUGUCUUUCCUGAGGACUGCAUAAACCAGAAAGUGGAAGUGACUCCAGACAGAGAAAAGGAAAUUAAUCGCCUUUCCAUCUUUCCCUUCCCACCUUGUGCUGGCUCCAUACUUCGCAGGCAACGUGAAAGUGGAUGGGUGCACUCCAAGAGUCAGUCUUAUGGGUCCUUUGGCAGCAUGGAAGACUUAACAGGAAGUAUUACGACUACUCUCUCAGCUGCCAAAUCGCCCUCUUCUUCCAUCAGUGUGCACACCAGAGCCAAGUCAGAAAUUUGCUUGUCCCGCACUUCUGAUCAGCAGGCGUUUGCCAGGAGAUCUGUUGUGGUGCAGUUGCCUAAUGCAGGUCAGCUGAGCACCCCAGCACCUCAAAACAGGGGACUUGCUGGGGACAUCUCCAUCCUUGGGGGAAACCAGACUGGGAUUUUUGUUCAGUGGGUGAAGCCAGGUUCUGAAGCUGAGAGUGCCGGACUUCGAGAGGGAUACCGGCUCCUAGAGCUUAGGGGGACACAACUAAAUGGGCAGGUUCUCUCCCUGGAGAAUUGUACCCAGGAAGUAGCUUAUCUGAGCUUGUUGCACUGGGAUGACCCAUCUGCUCUCAUCUUUCUGCCCGAUAUGAAAGGAUACCAGCCUCUCAAAGAGGCUCUGGAUGCUGGGAGAAAGGUUCCUGGGGACUCGUUCUAUGUGCGUGUCAACCUUACCCUCCUGGACCUUGCGGAUCCUUAUGCGCUGUGCGUCAAGUGUCGGGAGAUCCUUCAUGUCACAGACACUUUGCACAAGGGGCGGCUGGAGUGGUACUGUGCCCGCGUGGACCCCUUCACACUCCGAGACUUGGACAGGGGCACUGUGCCUAACUACAACAGGGCUCUCCAGCUUCUGAAACUGCAGGAGAAAGGUCAGGCAGGAGCCCAGCAGAAACGCCGUAGGACUAAGUUGAAAAAACGGGCGCUUGACCAACUCCUCCUGGUGAAGUACAGACAGCAGGGAGGGCACGAGGGAGCCUCCCUGCAGGACUCUGCCUCAGAUGGAAUCGCAAAGCCCUACAGUCUGGUACGCCCCCUCGUGAUUCAGACACGUCGUCCUGUGGUAUUUUCACCUGAUUACUUAGCAUCCUGGCUCAUUAGGAACUUGCUGGGCCUCCCUUCCUCUCAUCAGGACUUCCAUGUAUACUCAGCAGUCGAAGAACAACUCUUCUCUUCCACUUCCAAACAUAAUGGUAAUGGGAUUUCUCAAAGCCAAGGAGAUUGUGGGAGGAUGCAAGCCAUCCAGGAGGCGAUUGGAAAGAAUAAACAUUGCCUGCUCGAGCUGGAAGUCCAGGUGGUGACGGAUCUAAUUAAAAGUGAAAUAUAUCCCAUUGUUAUCCAUGUCGAGGUCACCAGGAAGAAUAUCAGGGGAGUCAGGAACUUGCUCGGGAAGUCAGGGCUGCGUGAUUCCGAGGUUCUGAAGCAAUGCCGGAGAGCCGAGCAGACCCUCCACGCCUUACCUUGUUCAUGGGCCUGGGUGGAUCCUCAGUCCUGGAGCAGUGCAGGGGAGCUGGUGAAGGUGGUGAAGGCCCACAUCUUCCAGGAACAGACCAGGAUUGUUUGGACUGAGGACUAUGAAAUGUGACCAGCGCUACUGCAGAGAAACUGGUGUUCUCUCUGAGACCUCCUCAACCAGAAGAAUUGUACACUGCCUCUGCAGGACAGGGGUUUGGACUCUGUGGCCCACUGGGGUUCUUCCUUGCCUGUGAUUUAUUCCACACAUCCUGUGCUCUCAGUUUGUGGGAAGUGGUCUGGUUGCUCCUUCCCUUGACCUGAACAAUGGGAGAUCCCUGUGAAAAUCAGUCCUCUGUGUUGUCGUCUUCUUGUCUUUCUGAACCAAUUGAUUAAUUUCUCAGCCUCCAUCCUGCGCUCCUAUGGCUACCUUCCUCCCGCACAUUCUCCCUAGCCUACCUACAUUCAUAUCUCAGUGGCAGAGGGGAUAAAUGUAUUUGCCCGCAUGCACACAUGUGGACACGCACAGUCCCUUCAUCUGCAGGGACUUUAAGUGGUCUUGUGAGACGUCCUUGUCCCAAGCUUUAUUGUGUGUAAAUUAUUAAUGAAUGGUUUUUUUUAAAUGGAAGACCUUCAUAUAAAAGAGAAUUAAAUUGCAUUCAUAAUGGGAAAGAAAUGACAGGCUGCUGCUUCCAGCAUUUGGAGGGGUAAUUGGAGAGCAUCUUUCAGUCCUGUCUCCUGCCUAUCUUUAUGCCUUUCUGGUGCCCCUUUCUAGCAAAAGCAUAAGUCCAUCUAAGUGUAACCCAUGUUGGGAACCAUUGUUAAUAUGUGGUUAGCAUUCUUCCCUAGGCAGAUCUGGAUGUUCUUGCUGCACUACCUGGCCGUGAAACAGCUACCUGAAAGCCAGCUUUCAGGUUGUCCACCCAAUAGAGAGAUUUCAUGCAGCCUUUACACAUGAAGAAGUUCAGUCCUUUAAUCUCUGUCUUGCCUCUUCCUCUUGGACCUCAGAAAGCAGAUGAAGUGAGAAUCGGAGCUUGGCAGCAGAAACCAGAUGUCUUGUGGCACAGCUGGAGCUUGGGCACAGCUGGAGUUUUGACUCACCUUCUGCAGAGCCCUCUGUCACUGGCAUAAGCUUCAGAAGCAGUCAACUCAUGAAGUUCCACCUUCUGUGGAUUACAAGGGCCUGAUGGGAUGCUGAAUAGUUUGGCAAAGAAAACUAUCACAGGCUUGAGAGCCAUGGGUCGUUAACUGAUAUUAAUUUCAUUUCACAAAAGUGGAAUAUGCAAAUAGAAAUUGGAAUGCAUUCUCCCUUUGGCAUCCAAGCCUUCCUGCCAACUGUGGUGAUAGAAAGCCAAGGGGAUAUUGACCCUAAAAUGAGCCAGUAUCUGAAAACCUCUUUGAACCGAAGUCUUAGGCCAAGCCUCCAUGGUGUGUAAAUUAAGAGGAUAACAAGUUUGAUUUUUUCUGCUGCUCUCACUUAGAAAUGUUUUGGUGGUUUUUGAUGUGGUCCAAGCCUCAGGGACUGCAGGGUGUGAUUUGGAUCAAAUGAACAGGAGCCAGAGACUUUGCUCCCAUCCUCUUGGCGCUCUCUUCAGUCCAGAGAUGUGCCAGAAAUUUCUAGUUAGGGGCCUUCUCAGGUAUGGAGAACUGACCAAAUAAACUAAACCCUCAAAAUGGUCUGCUAAUCAUGGAAGAAUGAGAGCCAGCCAGAUGUAGCAGUUCAGGUAUCAGACUAGGGUCUGGGAAACCCAGGUGCGAAUUCCCAUUCUGCCUUGGAAACUUGCUGGAGGACCUUGUGCUAGUCACACACUCUCAGCCUAUCUUGAUGCAGAACCUUUCAGGAAUACCAGGGUCAUGACAUGGAGGGAGGCAAUGGUAAAUAAUCUCUGAAUGUCUCUUGAAACCCCUACAGGAUUGUCAUAAAUCAGUUGUGAUUUGACGGCAACAAAAAUAAGGGAUACCUAGGAAACAUGUAGAACUGAGAGUACUUGUGGGUCAGUUGAAAGUAAGGGGGCAGGGGAGAAAUUAGACUGCUCAAGUCCUUGAGGGUUCAUAGAAUCCUGGAGGGGAUCAGUUAUGGUGUAGGAAGAGGGGAACCUUCCCAACUUCUUCCUGUGAUUCUUUAUUUUCUCUCUCCCCCCCUGCCCCCAGUAGUAGAGUGGCUAGCUCUCAUUGUCAUCAUGAAAACAGCAGACAGAUCACCCACAGUUUAGACAGGGGGCCUCACUGGAAAUACUGAAAAAUGCUGUUUUAUAAAUUUUGAAAUAAUCACCCUUUUCAAAAGAAUCUGUAAGGUGGUGAUGACUCAAAUAUGCUCCAGGAGACAUGGAAUAUUGAGAGUUAUAGAAUUCCCUUCUCUCUCCGGGUAGCAAAUUCUGGCUCUUUAAAGUUUCCAGAAUGCUAGAAGGGCCGAUUGUGUGAGUGGAUGACAUUUCCGAACUAUCCCACACCCUGCAAUUCCUGGUGUAGCCUUAGUGUAUCGUUUUCUACCAACAUUCCUCAAAAGAUAUCAUGGAAAAAGUCAUGACAUUAAAAUAUUAUCUGAUGCUGAAGGCUUGUGUGAGAAAGAAUAUUUCUGCUGAGUUUCUGCAAACAUGCAGGGACUUCCCCCAUAUUUCUUGGACAGGAAGCCAGCUUGGGCUUUUGAGAAAAUCGUGGCUUUGCACUUUUAGCAAAGUUUAAACAUAUAGGUUUUCAAAUAGAAAGUGAUUUAAAAAACAACAACUCUCUGGUUCCUUUUCUCCAGGGGCCAUAGGGUCCCUGCACAAGUCACAAAAGGAUUCCAUUAUGAAUACUAUGCUGCGGCCCUCAGAAAUGGCCCUUUCUUCGAAUAGCUCUGUCACUCCAAAUGUAGAUGUCCCUGCAGGCUCUUCAACUCCACACCUCUUGUUUAUUCCUUGUUUAUUCCUCCCCUCUCCCUCCCCAGCAGCCUAUGUGGGAAACAAGCCCUGUUUGGAACUCUUUGAUGGGACGGGAGAAGAGUGAUGAGACAGCUGGAAGAACUUGGGUGGGAGAAUUCAGCCCCUGGGGACGAGCCAGAACAGUUCUCUGGGUUUUGAUCUGGGCAACCUUCCCAUGAACAUACAAGCAUCUCAGGAGCAUGACUUGCCAGUCUGGACUGGAGAGGGUGAAAGAGAGGGUGGGCUUGUGGCCACGCUGGAACUUUGGAUUCAAAUGAGAAAAUAAAUCUUUUCAGGCUUCCUAGAAGGGCUCAGUCCUUCAAACUUCGAAACUGUGCUUGCAUUCCCUUUGGGCUCAUUUGCACGUAUCUCUGCUUUCGUACUGAUGCAUCAGGGUUGUAUGUCGAUUGUUCUUAUGAUUUUAUUGUGAGCUGCCUCAAGCAGGUCUCUUGGAGAGGUGGUGUAAACACAUUUUCUAAAGAAAUAUUAAAUAAUACAGUUGCUGAUCCUUGGCACUGAGUUCUAGGGGUCUGUUGUAAGAACUUGUCCUGCUGUAAAGGGUUGGCCUGAUAGGAAUCUUGAUUGAAAUCCAUUUUACAGCUGGAGUCAGUGGAUGUCUGAGCAUCACUGAGUAAUACAUUGUAAGAAGGC